AAAGGUCAAUACACUUGAUAAUUUGUAAUAAAAAAAUUGUAAAUAAAAAGAUUUCAAAACAUUUAAUUUAAAUGACAUUUUACAUUUGUAAUGCUCUUAAAUAGUUUUAUUAUUUUAAUUUAUAUAAACGUGUGUCUGGCAUCAACCGGUGAUUUAUCACCAUUCUUCCAAAAAUGUGUAGAUCGAUGUUUAUUUUCAAAUUGUACAAAAGAUGAUAUUGGAUAUAAAUAUCCACGGAUUGUACCGUUAAGUUUAAAAUUACUUCGAUGGACAUGUAAAGAUAAUUGCAAUUAUGAAUGUAUGUGGGGUACAGUGGAUGCCCUUGUCAGUAGAAAUUGGGAUGUGCCACAAUUUCAUGGAAAAUGGCCGUUUGUUAGAAUCUUUGGCAUCCAAGAACCAGCCUCAACAUUAUUCUCGUUAAUGAAUUUAGCAGUUCAUUGUCGAUAUUUUUACUAUUUAAUACAUUUGAAUGGCGAUCAAACAAUGGUCAGAUUUUGGAAAAUGAAUUCAAUUGUAAAUAUUCAUGGUUGGAUUUGGUCUUGUAUUUUCCAUACAAGAGAUGUUCGUCUUACUGAAAUUAUGGAUUAUAUUUGUGCAUUUUCAAUUGUUUCGUUUUCAUUAUUAUGUGCAUUAAUUAGAUUAUCGUAUUGGAAGACUAGAAAAAUAAAAUGUAUAUUUACAAUAAUUAUGUUAAUAGUUUUCUUAAACCAUACAGCUUAUCUGGCAACAGGAUUGUUUGAUUACUCUUAUAACAUGUUUUUGAAUGUUUUUGUAGGUGGAUUAACUUGUGUAUUAUGGAUAAUAUGGUGUUUAAAAAAUAUACAUAAAUAUAAACAUUUACGAAAAUGUUUAAUAUUUGUUACAUUAAUGCCUGCCGUUACUGCAUUUGAAAUUUUAGACUUUCCACCAAUUUGGUGGUUGAUAGAUGCUCAUUCCUUGUGGCAUUUAGCUACUGUGCCAUUAAAUAUUGUGUUUUAUAAUUUUAUAAUUGAAGAUAUUCGAUAUUUACAAAAAGAAGAUGUAAUCAAGAAAUUAUAAUACUUACUAAUUGUUAUUUUAGAUGUGUCGUUAUAAAAAUUAAUUAUCAAAAUGUUGAUGAAAUCUAUUUGUUUCUGUUUUAUAUUAAAUUGUAACUGUUGAC